AGAGCAGCAGUGAGAAGUGUCAUGUCUUCCAACUGAAGUUUCUCCCAGUAACUUUGUGUUUAUUUGGUUUUGGACUGCUACGGAGUCACUUUCUUUCCGGUCAACACGAUGACUACCUCGUUGCCAGCUUCCUUCAAGAUUUUACGCAAUAAGAUGUAUUCUCGACCAAACGAUUUUUGAAUACUUCAUUCGAAUAGACAGUGAAGUGUAUUCUGAGUGUUAAAUUUUUGAUGAGCAGUUAUCAGCAACCGAGGUUUACAAGCUUGACCGAUUGGAGUUGAUCAGCGAUUAUUUUCUCAGAGUGAUGAGACGCGGAACAAAAACCAGAGCUGACUCUGAUUCCCCAGAUCUAACGAACAUGAAUCAUACCAACGAGAGCGGUGAUUCUGUGAAUACGGGGAUGUUAGAUGAGGGAGCAACAAGUAUAUCGUCAGGAACAUCGCAUUCGAAAAGUGGCAAACACGAUGACUCCAAGAAAGAAAGAGUGGUCAAAGUUGCUCUUCCUGGAGCGAAGAAAGCUCAGUCAGCAGCGAAGAAGAAAAAAUCGACACCAGAUUUGGUAAGAUGUGGACAAAACAUUUUGUUAUGCUCGCCAAGUUUUGCAUUCUUCUGAGAGAACGGGAAUGUAUAUAAUUUUUGUUAGUGAGCUUGUAUUGGUCAUUAGCUAUAUUUACUUGUAACUUUUUUUCUCACUCUUUCGGAAGGAUGUGCACAAGGCAAUUAUGAAAUGCCGCGAAGAAGGAUCCACGCACCUAGAUCUUAGCAAAGCAGCGGUAAGAAUUUUUUAAUCUAAUAUUUGUAAUAAUUAAACUGGAACUAAAUUUUGGAGGUGGGCUGCAUAUUGUUCGAUUAUCCAGAUCAACAGUUUUGUCCGAGUCAAAAAUUUUUCUCAAGUGUAUCGCAUAAGAGCAACUUAAUCGGCCGCGAUGUACCCUUAGUGGGCUUGUAACCAAACUUCCAAGAAACCAAGCUAGCAGAUAUCAAGUGAGCUGCUAGAUUUCCGGGAUAAAAAUCUACACUUUUGCCUCUGGGGUAUUUGAUUGCAGCUGGUCAAAUUUCGUUGCCGAUAAUUUUUUUUUCUUCUCACGAAUUAAACUUUUGAGGACAAUCAGCUAGCAGGGAAUAUGUGCUAGGGCGUGAUUAUAAAACAUGAUCAUAACAUGGUUGUGUUUUUGACUUCUGCUGAAUAUUCGACACAGUGGAGAACUGGUAACACCUGCCUUCGGGAGCUAAACUACUAUCUUAUUGAUUUUAGCUGAACUUUAGCCAGUGUGACAUAUCUAUCAGGAAAGAAAGCUUUGUUAAGCUAAGCAGAAUUUUGUUUGACAUUUAAGCAUAUAAAUAAGAGAUUGGAAGCUUUCCUGAAAAUUGAAUAUUCACUGUGUAGCUCUUGAUCACAAAAGAACACAGUCUCACCUUGCAUGACAAUUUUACUGGAGUUUUUAAUUUACAAUUGUGUAAUGAAGUGAUUUUAAUCAUAAAGUCAACUAAAGCGUUGGCAACAAUAUAUUUAAAAGCCAUAUUUCAAGGAUAUCCAUUGACAAUUUCAAAUUAUCCUAAGUGAAUCAAAGAGUUUUCAUUUUUAAUUUUUUUGUAAUAUUAUUGGUCUGUGUUGAUGUGCUCAGGGCUGUGCAUGAAAACAUCAUAUUGUUUUGAAAAUAUUCUAUGAUUCAAUUAUGAGAUGUGUUUCAAUCUGGUUAUCAAAGCACCAAAAUAAUGUUCAAUACACAUUUGUUUCAAUAAUUAACAUAAAUUUUUAUAAUUUAAUUUAAAGUUAGCCUUGACAUUUACAUCUGAGUGUGAAUUUUUGUCUCUAUAAGAAAAACCUAUUAAUUAAGAUUUAAUCAUUCAGAGCAUUCCUACAUUGAAUUCAAACUACAGAUGAACAAACAGUCUUAAAAAAAACUUAAUUAAUCACCAAGAAGGAUUAUUUCAGAAAUCAUAAUCUCACGAACAUAUAGAGAAAUUGACUUCUUGUUAUAUUAUUUUCAAAAGAAAAUAUUCUCUGUCAUCAGUGGGGAACCCUCCUCCCACUGGGAAAAACAGUAUUUAUCACUGUAAGCUCUUUUUUUAACUCUUUCAUUCCUGAUAGCAAUUCUCCUGUCCACUAGACAAUUCUUAUGAUAUUAAUUUGGGGAAUUUUGGUGUUGAAUCAACAGAUAAUCCUCAAUGUGAUGUUUUUAAUUUUCCUGGUCACUUGUUUGCUUGAUAUUAUUUUGAUAUUGUAAUGAGAAAUUCUGUCUUGAUCACACACAGGAUUUAAAGGGUUAAAAUGAUUUGAGUUAUUUUAUAAUAAUGGCAUGAACUUCUAACUAAAGGGAAAAAAAAUUGCUAUCACAAGACACAAAAAAGGUUAUGACAGAAAGAUAUCAAAGCCAGUUUUUCAAACAUGAAGUGUAAAAUUUGCUCCCAAAACUAUUCAAUUUGUAAAUUUUCCUAGCAAUUCAAGUACAAUAUGAUUCAGAGAGAUAACAAGAAUCACAGAAAUGACCAAUAACUCCCAGAAGUGAUUAACAUGUCAUUUCCCCCCCUAUGAUAUCCAUACAUUAUCUAGCAAACAAGUAAUGAGAAUACUCAAACUUAUCAGGAAUGAGUUGUUAUCUUGAUCUAACACCAAAUUCUUGCAACCUAUUUACAAGGAAAUGUGUAGCAACUAGAAGGGAGAAUUAACAAUCAGAUCUUGGGAGUUAAAGGGUUAAGGUUACAUUUUCUUGAUGUAACAUUAACCCUCAUAAGAGAGUCAAUCCUCAUUGAGAGAAUUAGCCAUGAUAUCUUGUUACAUGUUGUAGAAGGCACUUUUUUUUUAACAUUGGACAAGCUAGAUGUUUCUGAUUUAGUACUGAAUGGAAAUAACCCUAAGCUUCCAUCUCUGUGAAUAGAGCCACCAUGGGGCCAUUUAAUUCAGCUAUGAGAAACAAGUUACAAAAAUAUGGUUUAACUGAUCCUUGAAUUUAAUUUUGAGGCAGAAAAAAGUGGCCAUCCAAGCAAGAUUGUAAAACUGUUAGGGAGACUUCUCUAUUUGGAUGAGUCUUUCCUUUCCUUGAAAAGUUUGCAAAAAAAAUUUGUAAUGCUAUGCAAAAAUGAUUUUGUUUUUGUUUUCAGGUUACAGCCAUUCCUAAGGAGCUCAAAGAGGUAUGAGUGUUUGUCUGAGUGAUUGAUUGACUAAUUACAGCCAACUGUAUGUCUGACUGACAUACCAAAGAAUCAGCUGCUAGACCAGAGGACUUACCUGACUGUUGGAUGAACUGACUGAUCUACUUGCCAACUAAUUUAUUAAUGAACCUAAAAACUGACUGUCUCCUAACUAACUGACUCACUCACUGACAGACCAACUGACAGACUGACUAACUAGUCCACUAACUGACCAGAUGACAGAAUGACCAACUGACUGACUUAAUGACUAACUGAGCAACUGACUCACAUACUAAUUGAAUAACUGACUGACCUACUGAACAACUGAUUACUGACUGACUAACUAACUAACUAACUAACUAACUGACUGACUUACUUACUGACUGACUGACUGACUUACUUAAUAACCGACUGGAUGCCUCUUGUGGAGGUCUAACUUUCUCUUAUAAUUUUUUUUGAUCUUUGUUUUCUUUUCAGCUGACCCAAUUGAAGGAACUCUACUUGUAUGGAAACAAAAUUGCAACUCUUCCACCUGAGGUUGGGAUGUUGAAAAAUUUAGAGAAACUGGCACUGAAUGAAAACAACUUGACUGACUUACCAGGUAAUUAAAUUUAAUUCUAGCUUAAUAAUUUUUAAAGUUUGAUGCAACUUUGUUUUGCAAGUUUAGAUCAAUCAUAAUCGUGUUACCAUUGAACUGUUGAGUGAAAACAGUGACUUAGAUACUGAUUGUGGAAAGGGAGUAGAAUUUUAUGUGAUGAUACAUGAUGUACAUGUAGAUGAUGUAGUUUGACUUUCAAUUGAUUGUCAUAAACUUACACUGAAGCCAAAGCAAUAACUGCAGCCAUUCAGAACAGAGAAAAAUAUGGGAAGGAGCUGAUGAAAACUCAAAGUAUAAACUAGUACACUGCAUGAAGCAUAAAACAAUACAAUGGACUAAGUAGCAUCUUAUUUGUUGGGAGAGUCGGAGACAAUUUGUUGCACUUUUCACUAUUCAGGCAAUCAUUUUAGAAUUGCUUUUAUGGAAUCAUAUAUCUCCUGUUUCCUUUGAAAGGCUUUAUUUCUUCUCCUACUGUUCUUUUUAAAUGGUGUAAAUCAAAGCAUCAUGGAUUUUCUUGAUAAGUGAAUUGAUGUCAAACAUGGGUAUUUUUUUAACAGAUACUGUGGUAAAGCUUAAGAAUCUAAAACUUCUGGACUUGAGACAUAACAAGAUGAAAGAGGUACCAUUUUUCUGUCUUAAUGUGCAAAAAUGUAGGCUUGUGAAAUUGACUUGUAGCUCAAAUACAAAUCGAGGGAUACAAUAAAUAGCCAUGGCGUAAAGCUGGAUUUUGUGGCCAGGAAUCCAGCACAUUAAUGUUGUGGCUGCUGCUUCUACCAGGUGACAUUAGAAUCAAACUAUUUUAACUUGUAUUACAAACAAGCUUACCAUGGGAACAAUAUAAUUGGUCUCUUACACAUAUGCUGUACUUGAUUUAUAUCUAAAACCUACUGACUUUUUAUUGAUAUUAUUUAUUCCUUCAGAUUCCACCAGUGGUAUAUCAGCUUGUAUCAUUAACAACUCUAUACCUUAGAUUUAAUAGACUUGUCAUAGUUGAAGCUGGAAUUGGAAAUUUAAGGGUAAGUCAGGAUGAUUUUUUUUUUCCACAUUUUGUAUCACAAAUUUGCCACCACCUUGUUAGUUAAUUUUGGUACGUAUGUUUCAGUUGAGAUUAUUGCAUAACUGAGCAUUGGUAAUUAGGCACAACCCAGUUUCCUUUGUUAAUUGCCAUAGAUUCAAAAUUGAACCCCACCCAGGAAAAGACAAACAAAGGGAAAGAAUAAUUUUUGUGGUGUUGAAUGUAGAGAGAGCUGAAAAUUCGAUAUAUUUAUGGUAGUGUACAAGAGAAUACUUAUUAAUAGGAAUUUUAUGCCCUAGCAAAGCCCAGGUAUUCUUGGUGACCAACUUUUGAUUUUAGACAACUUGCAUAACCUGUAUAAAAGCUGUUCAGACCUUGACACCCAGUUUCAUGGGAUUGAUAACACAGCUGUAGAAUGCAUUUAGCAUUUACUGCAUCACAUAAUUACUCUUUGUCUUUUGAAAUCAUAUUCUUGUGCAGUUUAAUGAUGUGAUGAACUUUUUGAGCUAUGAAAAUAUCUCAUUUAAAUUUAUGUUUUAUGUGUAAUUCUAGAUGCCUCUCACGGUCUCUUUUUUUCCAUGAACAGCUCCUUGAGAGAUUGAGUCUCAGAGAGAACAAGAUUAAAGAGUUACCUGCUGUCAUAGGUAAUUUUAAGUGAUAAGUGAAACUAGCUACACUUUGCCUUACUAGAUGAAAAGUCAGCUGAGUUUGGUGGAUUAUAAACUGUACUGUUCAGAAGGCAUACAUUUCAAUUCACAAUUUAUUUGGUCGCUAAGGUCCAGGUUGGUGGUAAUAAAAGAAAGCACAGGCAGGCUAAUCAGCCUAAUCAUGGUAUGUUUUUUUGCAGGUCAGCUCGUUCAUCUUCUUACCCUGGAUGUUUCUCACAACAACAUCACAAGUCUUCCUAGAGGUUAGUUAUUGUAGUAGUUUAUGGCUCUAUCAUCCAUCAAUCAGUCAGUUAGUCAAUUGGUCAAUGAGUUGGUUGGUCUGUCAGUCAGUCAGUCAGUCAGUCAGUCUGGCAAUUGGUCAAUGAGUCAGCCAGAAGGUCAUUCAGUCAGUUAAUCAGAGGGUAAAUUAGUCAGUCUGUCUCUCUGUUUGUUGGUCAGUCUGUUUUUCUGUCUGUCAGACAGUCAUACAUACCAAGUUAAACAACAAUCUUUGAAGGGAAGCCACUGCCAAAAAUCAGUUACAGCUUCCAGUUGGCUCGACACAGCUGUAGAUCAGAGCCAGAGGAGUCUUGUCAUUUUAACCAUUACAGAGAUUUGAUUUUAAAUACAACAUAAAGUUUGCAAAAUCAUAAACACUAAAUUGGUUAUUGUGAAGUUAACCAGCUAAAAAUGGUGAUUGUGCAUGACAGCAUUGAAAAAUGCAGGUUGAAUGGUACUGAGAUGUACUGCUGAUAAGCUGAUAAUACAGUUCCUGCAAAGUUGUUAGAUAAUAAUCUGACCUCUUUACUAACUGUGUCUUUUGAAUGUGCAGAAAUUGGAAAUUGUGUCCAAAUGACAUCACUUGAUCUUCAACAUAAUGAUAUUCCUGAAAUACCUGACACGAUAGGUAACUUGACUGAAAUGACCAGGUUGGGGCUCAGGUAGGUUUGACAACUACGUUGAUUAAAUAGUUCCUGUAACAACAUAAAGUGGAGAGCAUGCAUAACAAAGUAUACUUUGCUAUUUGUCUUUAAAAAAAUGUGAACAUACAGCAUGUAUACUUGCAAAACUAUAGAAUUGUAUUUUGUUACUGAGUGCUGACAAAGCCACGAAAAGCAUUGUUUUUGAGCAAUGUCAAUAACAGUAUGUAUGAAAAAAAAUGUUCUGUAGUUUUUGCUGGGUGCUUUUCAAGACAAAAGUGACCAUGAUCAUUGUGAAAUUGGAUGCAUAUUGUACAUGUGAUGCAUGGUGAUAUAGAGUAUUACAAAAAAUAACUACUGAUAGUCAAGAAGAGGCGAGGUAUAGUCACUGUGAUGUAGAAUAAAUAAGGUGGAAACUGAUAUUUACUUUUAAAAGGAAGUCCUUUUUGUCAACAGAUACAAUCAGCUCUCUGCAGUGCCUGCAUCUUUAGCAAAUUGCACAAAGAUUGAUGAGUUCAAUAUUGAAGGCAACAAUGUCUCUGAACUACCAGUAAGGAUGUUUAGGUUGUAUUGUCAAAAAAUUGUGUUUUACAAAGAUUUAGAGAGAGAAAUCUCUAAUGAAACUGUCAGAUGAAGGUGAAAGAGAGACCAAAUCUGAAAAUCUGACAGGGAUUAAGCAUGACCCUAAAGCUCUUUACCCACAUUCCUUCCUUCCUUCCUUCAUUCAUUCAUUCAUUCCUAUGAGGCCAGCUUGCUAGGAGAGCAAAAAAGUAGCCCUAUUCCAACAAUUCUUUGACUUUUCUCCUAGUCCGAUUCAACCUUACAGCAUUGUUGAAACUCUUUCUCAACCAUACUGUGCUUAACUUCAACUGUAGUGUCAAUGGACACUAUCUUAAUGGAACAGAUCUUUUUGUAUUUGAUACUUUUAACUGAAAUAUUUCAAUUAUGAUUGUCAACUACAUUUGAGUGUGAUUUUAGGAAUUACUUAUAUUAGCAGCUAACAUUUUUCUCUUGGUUUUAAGGAUAAUCUUCUUCAUUGCUUGAAAAUGUUGAACAAUGUCACCUUGUCCAGGAAUAACUUUGAACAUUUCCCAACUGGGCCACCCAAGCAAUUUGCUGCAGUUCAAGUAGGUUAUAAUAAGCUUUAAUUUUUAUAGAGUUUUUAUUAAAGAAAAAUAAGGGAAGAGGGUUGCAACUCUUUGCGGGUGGGUGUUUUUCUGGGUGUGUAAUAUACUCUCACUUUGCCUUCUUGACUGUCAAACCAGGCUUAUUUUAGUUUCACAAUAACUACAAUGUUAUUUUUUUGUUUACACUGACAUAACUGGUAAUCUAUGGUUACUAAAUUACCUCCUUUACUGUCAGACUUUUACCAUGGAACACAACAAAGUACAGAAAAUUCCAUUUGGAGCCUUUUCAAAAGCAAAGUAUUUGGUAAGAUAAUUAUAAUGAUUAAUAGAUCAUACUUUUUCUCAUUUUGAUACAAUCAUCCUUCAAUAGGAUCAACAUGUUCAAGGCUUGAAAUAAAGUCCUAGUUAGUUGUUGUUGAUAAAUAAAAACUUUCCAGUAAUGCCAUAUUUGUAUAUCUGGGUAUCAGCCAAAUGAUAUUUGGAGAGAGUGGUGACAUGAAAUGAAGAAUGGCAGACAAAUUGAGGUGACAGUGUGGUGAGAAUGUUCUGCCUUCUGUUCCCUGCCUUACUGCCCUCCAAGCCUUUCACUCCCCUAUUGCCUUGUGUGUGGGCAAACACAUCAGAGAAAUGUUUGUAUUUUGACAACAAUUUUUCUUCACCUUUCCACCUUUUCAAAUAUCUUUUCCUUCCGUUCUCCUGUAUAACUCCAACUCCUUUGCCUAAACCCCCUUGUCACUCCCCACAAAUAAGGAUUGUGUGUUGUCAGUUGGAAAAAGUAUCAGAAAGACCAGUGUCAAGUGGCUAUGUGCAUUGUAGAAGAAGUGUACCAUAAACUGACCAAUGGAUGCCUCUAUUUCCAUACACAACAACAAAAUAGAACAUACACCCUUUAACUCCUGUGAGUGACCAAGAAAGAAUUUCUCCUUACAAUAUCUAUACAAUAUCACACAGACAAGUAAUGAGAAUAAAGAAAAAUAUCAAUUAUGGGAUUACUAAUUGAACCUACACCAAAUUCUCCCAUCUAACAUAAUAAGAAUCAUUUGGCAGACAGUAAAGAGAAUUACUAAUGAGAUCUUGGGAGUUAAAGGGUUAAUUUCAUAAAAUGAUUUAAUUUGAUCAAAAAAUAUGUAUGUAAUCAAGGGAGUACUGGAAUAACUGUCAUUGUAGACAGAGUAUUGUAAGUUACAAUACAGAUUUAAUGUAACUAAUCUAAUUAUCUAAUGUAUCUGUUAUCUAGUAACUAAUUUAUAGUAAUGUGAACUUUUAAUCUGACCCUAUACUGAGCACUUUUCGCUUCUUUACAGACAAAGCUAAACAUGAAAGAGAAUCAAAUAGCAGCACUGCCAUUGGGUAAAAACAUGUGCAUGUUGUUAUUUUUCUAAUAGCAGAAUCCCUUGAUUGUUAAAUGUUAUUGGUGUCUGGAUAGUGAUGAACGUUCCCCUUUUUAAGUGACUCUUAUAUGUCUGAGAUCAUUCUGCAAAAUUAAGACUCUUCUGACUGUCUUGCACUAUUUUCCUGUUGGUUACAUGCAUGCUUUGUUGUACGUGAAACCAAAACUGUUUCCAUAGGUGGUACCCUUAUUGAAUUCAUUAUUCUCCAUGAACUUAAAUUGAAGUUUCAAGGAGAGAGUACACUCAUGUCACUAAAUUUUGUCAAUUAAAGGCAUCAACUUUACAACUAAAAUUUGGCCAUGUUUAACAGUGUUUUCAAGCCCAGAUCUAGUAAGUGUUUUAGAUAUUUUUUUUUAUCACAGACAGCCAUAUAUUGCACCAGAAUAUCAUGGACUUUAAAAUUACUGAUUUUUUAUGACACUCAGCAUUUAAUAUGGUGUAAAUGGUGUAAUUAUUGCUUCUUGAAUGUUUUGCAUUUUGAGCACAAUGAUAUUUUAUUUUCAGAUUUUGGCAGCUGGAUUAGUCUGGUUGAGCUUAACCUAGGAACCAACCAGCUUUCAAGGCUUCCAGGUAUGUCAUCUUUAUGAUUAUAUCACUUCAACAUAUGGGAAAAACCGUCGAACUACAGUUUUCAUUUGAGUUUACAGAAAUUUGGAAUUGCUGUGGGUUUACCUCACCACACUCUGUGGUGAGCAUUGCUUUAAAAAACUGGCAAACUUACAACCCUCAUUUGAAAUGUUCUCUAUUAAAUUUGACUGAUUGAAUUCAAGUUUAUUAAGUAGAGGAAUACCAUGCUGUCAAUAAGGGCUAGAAGCUAGCCAAAACCCUCAGCUAGUCUGCCAUUUUCAGCUGGCUACUUUCAACUCAUUUUACCAUAAUUACUGACGAAAAAUCCCACAGUUAUCAAAAUGUUAACAAAGGUUUAAACCAUGUGGCUUUAAAAGGCCCACUUGACACCUUUCUCUUUGUGAACUGUAAAUAAAUUUGUAAAAAUGAAUGAAUCCAAACCCUGUUUAGGAUUUAGAUAAACAUUUUGUGAAAACUCUGGGGUCAUUUUAAUUGAGUACUUCUUAGUCUUGCAUGUAAUGUCAUUUAUCUUGUUGCAGAGGAUAUUCAGUGGCUUACAAACCUUGAAGUUCUGAUUCUCAGUAAUAACCUUCUUAGAGUAAGUAUCUCAUUGUUGGACUCAUUUUGGUGUGUAGAUAAACGAUUCUCACAAUGAAAUACAGCAGACAAAUAACAUAUACUGGGAAGGAAUUUUUUUGAAGUGAUUAGAGGGUUUUUUAAAAACCUCAUGUAGAGGCAGACCAUUAAACUUGUAACAGAGUGAUGUCAAGAAUUAAACACUGUGUAACCAUUAAAUUUCUUUCUUGAGAGGAGCUCUACUCUUACUAGCCUUGUGGGAUUUGUUCUCAUUAUUGACUCUCACGUCAUCUUCUUUUACAGAGAUUACCACGUGGCUUGGGUGAACUAAAGAAACUUAGAGUACUAGACUUGGAGGAAAAUAGGCUGGAGUUACUUCCAAAUGAAAUUGGUAUUUAGAGUGAUAUUUAUUGUUACUGACAGGUUGAUAAGAAAUUUGAACUUCUGUUUUUGGAAAAAAAUGAGAUAACUUGUGUACAGAAGCUUUAAUUUUUACUCUUUGUUUUUUCCAGCUUUUCUUAGGAGUUUGGAGCGAUUAGUUCUGCAGUCAAACAAUCUAACAACUCUUCCAAGAUCAAUAGGGUUAGUGAAAUCUUUGUCAAAAUUAUAUUUAAUGCUUUUAUAUUAUAACUGAAAGUAAGUUACUUAGAAAAUGUUAAGUCCAUGUUUAAGCCUUUGGCAUCAUCCCUACAAGUAAAUGAAUAAAUGUUAUCCAAAGGAGAAAGAUGGCAAUAGUUUAGAAAACUGCUUCAGGGCUUAUCUAACUUACAUGUUUAUUGUUGCACUUUGUCAGAACAGAGAAUUACUCAUAAGAUUUUAGGGUUAAAGUUGUGAUUUAAAAAUAUAAAACACUGAUACAAACUGACUUGUUAAGAAGGAUCAUAUGAUGAUUAAACUACAGAAAUGAUUUGUUUGUGUUUAUAAAUUCCUUUUUUCUCCUGUUUUAUUAAGCCAGAGAUUUACUUUGAAAAUUAAAAUUAAAGUUUCUUUUCUUUUCCUUUUCACCAGAUACCUCACCAAUGUUUCAUAUCUAAGUGUUGGUGAAAAUGACCUCACUCAACUUCCAGAUGAAAUAGGUAUGUAACCACUCACUCAAGAUUCACACAGCUUGACUUUCAAUCAACUGAAUGGUGAUGAUAUACCGUAUUUACUCCAGUAAGGAAACUCCCCCAAAUAAGUGCCUUCCCCCUUAGGCCAUAAUAAAAAACAAGUGCCCCUCUCAAAAAAGCACCCCCCCCCCUCCCACUCCUUCCUCUCUUUCUUAACUAGAAGGGAUACAAGGAAGACCUGAAUACAUUGCCAUUAUUUUAUAACUUUCAAAGUUCCAACUAAAGUGGAAUCAGUACAGGAAUUGAAAGUUUCUAAUUAAGCAUCCCCCUUCACCUCACAACAACAAUCAAAAUAAUAGAUAAAAACAAAAAAAAGAAAGAAAAUGACAAAGAACAACAAAAAAUGGCAGGGACACCGCAACAGCAUAGCCAAUUACAGCAGGCCUCUUUUCCAAUAAGAGCCUCCUUUUAGCUGAAAUUUUAAAUAAGCAACCCCUAGGAUAUACAACAGUAUUUCAGCAUUUAGACUAAGACUGUGAAUUGUUGAUUAUUAUUUUACUUUUUCUCUGUUUAUUAAAAUUCUUUUUAAUAGGUAAAAUGGAAUCCCUUGAACAGCUGUAUCUCAAUGACAAUGACAGCCUUCAGUCUCUUCCCUAUGAACUUGCUUUAUGCAAUGCAUUGCAGAUUAUGAGCAUUGAAAACUGCCCUCUAAGCAGUUUCCCAGCUGAAGUUGUGGCUGGUGGACCAUCUUUAGUCAUACAGGUACAGUGUGAGCUCAGGACUUGAAUCUGACAAUGUUCAAUUUCUUGAAUUUGAUUCAGCGGAAUUUGACAAAAACAGGAGAAACCCACUUCAUGACCUUGUGCUUGUCAUUUUUAUUACCAUUAUUUUUUUUUACAACAAAGUCACUGUAAAUAGGUUAUUUAUUUUAAUAAGCUUUUUAGUUAUUUUUCAUAAGGAUAGGAAAAAUGAAUUAUCUGAAUACUCCUUAGGGAAGCAAAUAUCAGACCUUUAGAUUUUAAUAAUAGUUUGUGAUUUAAUACUUCAUUACUGAAUCACAGAAAACUUGUUGGCAAGCUUCAGCAACUGGCAAUAAUUAUAGUAAUUGACACACCUCACCUUAGCAGGUGGUCAACAAUCCUCCAACAUAAUAAACAGAAUCUAGUAAUUUGUCUUCAAUAAGUUACUUGAAAGUUAGGGACAAUUUUUUUAACAUUAUAAAACUUUGAAAUGGGGGAGAUUGGGAGAUAAAUAAAAUAAAUGGGAUUUAGCAGUGGACAUUCCACAAGCUAGCUCUUCUUGUCCAAUGUUUCCAUGUCGAUUUGGAAUUUAGAAUGUUGGUUUUUUUGUGGAGGGAGGAAAACUGGAGAACCCAAGGAAAAAAACAUCGGAGCAAGGACAAGAACAAACAACAAACACAACCCUCAUGUGACUCCAGGUCUAGGAAUCGAACUCAGGCUAAACUCUUGGGAGCAAGCACUCUCACCACUGUACCACCCCUGCUCCCCUGUAAAUGAAAUUUAAAAUUUAAAGAAGAGUAGAGCAUGGCAUGACUUUUCCCACUCGUUGUAGACUACUCACUUGGUCCAUGAAUGACAAGCAUUAGACAGGGAUAGAGAGGUUUGAUCAUUUCAUUUGUGGUGUAAGGAGUCAUUGACUGAAACUCACAAUAAUUUGCAAGUUUUGAACAAUUUGUUGUGGCUAAUGAAAUUUUCCUUUUCUUUUCUUUUAGUAUCUGAGACUCCAAGGACCAUACAGGGGAAUGAUGGCACAAGCAGGACUGGUACCUUCAUCAGAUGUCUGAGAGAAUAUUUUUAAUGCUUUUCCACUGGUGCUGUGUUCCUGCUAGGUUUUGUUUCAGUUUUUUGUUGUUGUUUUUUUUUUACUGAUGUCUUUGGCUCUUAAAAUUUUAAAGAUAUGAGUGGUAAUUCUUGCUGCAUAUUUUUAUCAAACUAAGUAAAAAGAAUUGGAUGUUGUGUUAAGAAAAUGUUUUUAAACAGAUAGUUUUUUUUUAGUCUUAUUUGUUUGUUGGCUAAAGAUUAGAGUUUCGCUGAGUUUAGCAUGUGGCUUGAAUUCAUGAACCAUGACAUUAGGGAUAGUUAAGGGAGCUUUGUCACAAUUGUUAAAGUGAGUUUUUGUAUCGCAGCAAGCUGCCAUUAGAUUGAAUGAACUGUGAAAUAAUUGUCCACUCUCCCAAGCAACACCAAAGAUAAAAUGAAAGUGAUUGAGGUUGGAAAAAUCAAAAUGGAUUGCAAAUCAAUUAACUUUCAAAAUUUUAGCUAAUUAAUGGCUGUGAAAUAAGCACAAAUUUUUGUUCUGUCAACACUCUUACUUUCUCUUGCCUAGCUGAACAUGUUGCUCUCAGUUUUUUUCAGUUUUUCUCCGCUAACCUAGUUUAAAUCAGUUAGUUGCAAGAGAUGGAU